GUCAUUUCCGUUUAUUAUUUGGACGUCGUGACAAAUAUUCAAACAUGUUUUUAGCGUUGUUGUAAAAACAAUGCAAUGGAAAUCUCCCCUGCAGAGAUUCCUUUGACAGAAUUGGGGAAUCCCAGGGCGAGUUCCGAGAGGGAAUUUGGCGGCCUGAACGAUCCGCAGACCGAAGAGCCGGCGGCAACUACCGUCAGUUUACCUAAAACGUCUGAGGAAAAAGAUGGUCUUGAGGAGCGUGCGUCUCUUGGAAGUAGGGAAACAGGAUGUGAGACAAAAGAAAAUGUACAGUCAGGAAAAGACACACAACAGUCUGAUAUCCAAAGUCUGCCACCCUCUAAUUCUUCGUCAGACGAAAACAUCUGCCGGAUUUGUCAGGAAUCCAGUAAAGACACAGAGGAGCCGGUACAGACCACCCGCUGUUCUUGUAAGGGUGCGACGGCCCGCAUCCACCGGUCGUGUCUACGGGAAUGGGUUCGACACCAGCGGAGCGUGCGCUGUGAAAUCUGCAAGGGACGAUUCGAGGGCAUCACUCCCCCUGGGUCACUGGAACGAGCCAUAGAUCGACACAUGGAUCAGAACUAUAUGCCUGCGGAGGAUAUCACGGAGACGAUCCAUCAGCUGUACUACCAUCUCCACAGACUCCGGCCAUUUACCAGGCGCAGACGCGCAGCUAUAGCGGCAACCAUUGUCUUCCUGGCUCUGGUCACGUGCAUGUCCGCCGUCAUGACAGUAGAGGCUGACCGAGAAUACCGCCAGGUAUCCAAGAAUCCCUGGUCAACUCAUCAUGCUGUUGACCAGUCAGGAAUCAUCUUUUCUAUAUGCGUAGCCUCGGCGUUCUUCUGCGCUACAUUAACAAUCGGUUUGCUUGUGAUUUGGGCAGGUGUGGAAUGCACAUACCACAUACAGCGCCGGGCUCUCUACCGUCGGGUUGAACGUAGUAUGCUAGAGAAUAUGGGCAGACAUAACGUAAUAAACGUAGUAUGAUAUACAGAAAA